GCCAGAGAGUCAACCUUCAAAAAUCAGGUAUCUUUUUCAGUAGAAAUACCCCUCAACACUUGAGGGAUAGAAUAUGUGGGGUCCUUCAAGGCAUUGUCCCUCAUAGGUCAACCAGAUACCUUGGUUUGCCACUUGGAAUAAGAAGAUCAAAGAAAGAG